UCUCUAGACGACGGUGGAUUUUCUGAGUCGACCAUCGAUGCAGACUCGGGUCACAUCUACCUUACUAAGAACAUCAGUAUCUGGCCCGCCUGGCCGACCAAGUCGUACUUAGAAACGGUCACGGUGAGCAACUCUGAGUCCUGCAAUACAACAACGUGUAAAAUGAGGGUCACCAUCCACUAUACAAACUGGCCCCCGCACAUUAUUAGUCUCCCCGCCCAAACCUCGCUACACGAGGACAACGACACUGAGACGUUGCUUCACAACCUCAAGGUGUACGAUUACAACUACGAUGCGCCUGAGGACGGUCACGACAUCGAAGAUAACAUCACGUGCUGGAUUAAGUACGUGCACGACCAGUGGGGAGAGAAUGACAUGGAGCUGUUUGAUCUUCGUCUGGAUGACCCCAACGACCAAAUAAGAUGGGACUCAUAUAAAUUAUACAAGAAAGAAUGCACCGUCCCUACAUCCCAGUACUCUCCCCCAUGCGGAUACAAACGCGAGAAUUACACGUGUCCGAAGCAUAGCGGUUGUAUGACGCACAACGUGACGCAAUGGUACAACGUGUCAAUCAUGUGUAAAGACGGAUACGGAGCCAUUGACAACAGGAACUUUACGUUUUAUCCCACACGCAACCAGGCCCCAACGUGGAGGAAUCUACCCAAACACCUGGACUUGGAUCUCAAGCAAGGCAGUGAGGAGGACAUUAUAUUCUCCAUAAUGUACCAGGAUGAAGAGAACGAGAAUCUCACCUACGAGUACAAGUUCAUGAAGAACGACGGCACCGUUACCGCGUACUUCCGGGGUGAUCCUAGCGGCAACUACUUCAACCAGCUCGGUAACAUUUCACUCACGACGUACCUCUAUGAUGUUCCCAAAAACACGUCAUAUACCAUCGAGAUUUGUGGACACGAGAGACGUAACGAGAUAUGCGAACUUCUCACUAUUGACCUAGAGGAUUAUUGUGGCCCUGUUCCAACCUGUUCAUCUUUGGAGAAGACAGUAACCACAGAGGAACCGGUUCCGAGUACUUUGUUUGACGUCAAAACUGCCGUUGCGAAUUACGCGAGCUACUCUAACAUCACAUUCACUCUGACGUCACGUUCAGCUAACACGUUUGAAAUUGACGAAAACACAGGAAUUGUAACGCUACUCUCGACGCUAACUGCCAGCUACCCGUCUAGUACGUACGUCCUGAACGCAUUUGUGAGAGACGCCCAGUCGUGUCACUAUUACUCAGUGUGCCCAUUGACGUUACACGUGACCUACGUCAACCAUGCGCUGAAGAUAAUUAACUCUGUGACGACAACAGCUAUACAUGAAGAUGAAGCCAAAACCCUCACAUUGUUCACCAUAGAAACGAGUGAUCUUAACGAUGACGACGACGUCACAUGUGCAAUGACAAACCCUUCAGUCAACAAACCAUUCUAUGUUACGGAAACAUUUUCGACAUCGCAAGUGUACGUGGUCAAGAACUACAUCGCUGGAACGGAUGUAACCAAGAAACUGUCGUCUGCCAAGACGGUCUACACACUUGACGUCAAUUGCACGGACCGAUACGGUGCCGGAGAAGUGAAAACGUUCACUAUAAAUGUGGCGCUGAACCAACCACCAGUACUUCAACAGCUUCAUGGUUUGGUCUCUCGUAAUGUUGAUCAGUCCACGAUGUUCAGUGGAAGCACGCUGAUUACGGAGCAAGCAUUCGACGAGGAAAGGGAUACCUUGGUGUACACUUGUUAUGUGAACAACUCCAAUGUACCGCUGAAAUGCGACGUCGUGUCGGAUACCCUCCAGGUGAAGCUACGGCGCAACGUUAGCAUAUCCAGUGAAAUCGGAGACGUUUACAGCAUGAAAGUGUGUGUUGGUGACGCUAAACAUCCCCUUGCUGACUGCGGGACCCUUCAAUUAAACUUCACAACACAGCAUUCCUAUCCAUCCAUCAGCAAUCUUCCUGCUGAAGUCGAAGUACCGGAAGACGCUGCCAUUGGCUACACGGUGUUCACAGCCACUGUGUCAGACACAGACAUUCCGGCGGAAAUUCAUACGUUGUUCUUGAAUAAUAGAUCAAAUGACACAAUUGGCUAUUUUGAAUUAGAUAGAUACGCGGGAAGUAUAACGCUGUUGAAGGCGCUCGACUACGAGACCAAGAAGAGGUAUACAUUGCGGCUAACAGUGCAAGACCCCUUCCUUGUCAGUCCCGAGUUGUACAAGCUGGUGAUCAAGGUCAAGGACGUAAACGAGCAGAACUACUUAACGGCGAAGAAUCGAAGCAUCACUUUCAAGGAGAACGCGAAAGUUGGCAGAAUAUUUCAUAUCGGACUGGAAUGCACGGACUUUGAUGAGGAAGAUACCCAAACCAUAACGAUUGCCGGAGGGGACCAUGUGGAAUAUUUUCUCUAUAACAUAACAACUAGAAAAAUCCACCUGGCCAAAGAGUGGGACCUUGAUGACAGCAUCUCAAAUCUUCCUAGCACUACGACGUUAACCAUACGUUGCACGGACAGCGCAAUGCACACGUCUGAUGUCGACAUAGUGUUCAAUAUCGAGGACGUCAAUGAUCAGAAACCCUCGUUUAUACUUGACAAAUCAAUCAGCAACAAUACUCUGUCUGACGGAUCCGUUGCUAUCAAGGUUGAUUCUUCAACAAGUCCCAGCGAGCCGCUUUUAACAGUGACAUGCGUAGAUGGCGAAAAGGGUAACCACGGCGCAUGCGCAUUCAGUAUCCUUGGCAACGGUCUAGGCAGACGAUACUUCGAGUUGCGAUCUGUGACGACCGCGGGGCGACGAAAGAGAGCUGGAGUGAAAAAUUCGGCUGUUUUGUAUCUGAGGGAGGAGAUGAAAUUGAAUUACAACAAGAAUUUUCAAUUCUAUGUCAAAGUUUCCGACGGCGGUACGCCUGCCCAAUUCACCACCGUGAUGUUGACAGCUAACUUCACGGCCACGGUUGACCCUCCAAAGGCUGCGAAAAGCACCACGUGUUCGGGAUCUUCCGCCUGCUCAACCCUAUAUGCGAUACUCGCCAUAGAGCUGGCGAUGGUUGCGGGUCUGAGCGUCUACACCGUGUACUCUUUGUUCUGUAAGAACAAGAAUAAGAUCGACAACUUGGCACUACAAGAGGCUGUAUCAAAAGACGUAAAAAGGAGACAAUUUUCCAACUCGAAACAUCGGACGACUACGUUCUUGUACGGGGAAACCAUUCCGGGGAAGGGGAAGGCUGGACUAGGAACUUUCCUACACGGACCUGAUUCAAUGCCUGGGAUGAGCACAAGCAUCAUGGCUAGACGGGAGUACAGAACAAGUAGCAGCAGCAGUGAGAGUAGUUCAGAUGAGGAUGAUUGGAUAACUCCGACACCUCGCGAAAUGCCUUCACGACCACAAGUUAGAAGGAUUGGAGAGUCCACUAGGUUUGAAGCACCAUUUAGCUCCAAUAGAGACCCUACGCUAAUGCGACACAUUUAUUCAAGCAACACGUUUCUUAACGGCAGACUUGCGGAAAACUCCAACACCCGCAGGAGCCAAUCGUUCUCACAGUCACGUGAUCCUGUGACUGGUGCCAAUCUGGUGAAAGCAUCCUCUUCGUUAUCCAACACGGAUUACGAAACCGGCCUUCCUGCUCCUAUCUAUUCUUCGGAUAUGAGUUUUAGAAUAUGAGAAGGACUCGCUAGGCAUAAAUGGGUUAAUAAUCUUCGAAACUUUUCACACGAAGAUAUAUGUUUUUUAUUUUAUUUUUAGAUUUUGAACAUUAUUAUACAAGUUUUCAUGUCUCAUCAUGUAUGACUGGAAUACGUGUAAGUUGAUUAUUUAUAAUGAAAAAAUGAUAAACUUGUGAUUGUUUGCAAUACGCGUUUGUUUAAUACAAAUAAAUAACUUACACGCCCUUUUUAUUAAAAAUAUUUAUAAUUGGAUUGUUUGCAAUACGCGUUUGUUUAAUACAAAUAAAUAACUUACACGCCCUUUUUAUUAAAAAUAUUUAUAAUUGGAUUUAAUAUUUGUCAUGUAUGUUUGUUUUCGAAUGUGAUUAAGUACCAUGCAGGCCGUAUCGUUGUAGAUGUUGUUUUUGUAGUGUUGUAUGCGUUGUGUUGUUAUUUUGUGUCACAUGCUGAUAGAUUGAUAAUUUGUUUUAUGUUUUUGCAGAAAUUCAUGCGUUACGUUGUUAUUGGCUCUUGCCAAACGUUAUUCUAGUUUUCAUUUAUUUACAUUAUGGUUGGUACACAAGUAUCUUUUUAAAUCCGGAGCACAACGAAACCUGCACAACUCAAAUGUAUUGCUGUAUUGCAAAUUAACUUCGAUAAAUUAAAGGAUAGCAGCAAAAUACAUUUAUUUUGACAAACACACAAUUCUACACCCCACCAAAUAUUUUUGUUUGUUUUAAUUUGAAAACAAAACCGUUAUGCCAGGGUAUCGUAUAAAAACCGUCUAUGUUGAUAUUUCUAAAAUAUAUGUUGCAUUAAAUACACAAUAACCGGAAACAUUCAAUUAUACAAUAUUGAAUAACUAAAAUUGUAAAAAAAACAACAACGAACAAACACAUAUUAAUGUUUAUAGCUGAAAAAUAACCCAUUUAUGCCUAGCGUCUAGAAAAAAAGGCAUUGGCAAACAGCGUACACCCAGACGAGACGCCGCAUGAUCAGGGUCUUCGCUGUUUGCUUAAAGGAAUUUCUGGUAGAAAUAUUCUAGAUAUAGAAAUAAAUAUACUAGACAUCCCUAAUUUCGGAAAUAAAUUGAUCCAAUUUUGAAGGAGGGGAGAGUCCACUAGGCAUAAAUGGGUUAAUCACUUGAUUAUAACGUUUGUUAGGCAACUACAGACUAUACGUCUCAAGUCAAUCUAUCGAGUUUCUUUUGAUCAAGGAAGGAAACUCAUACAGAUCUCGAUACUCACUCCUCAUAACGUUAUCUCAAAUUUAACGCUGUUUGCCAAGGCCUUUAAUUCUAGACGCUAGGCAGAAAUAGGUUAACUGUUAAUUUAACGGCAUACACUGCAUUCACACGUACAAUCUUUGUUUCUUUGAACUAGUGUUGUUUGUACAUCUUCGUUUUUUAUGCAAACAAUUGUUUUAUGUAACAUAUUACAACUUUGUACAUAUGGUUUGGAGUCGAAAAUGUGGAAUACAUACAAUAAAACAGAAAUGUCUAACAAAAAGAUUAAAUGAUGUUAAGCUAACAGAUUGAAUAUUACUUUCUUAAUGAUUAUAAUGUAAACCACUUUAAAUUUGUUGUACUUGCUUAUUUCACCUUUAAGUCGCUUGAUUUUUUUAUGUAGCGUAUUGCAUAUGUUUGUAAACAAUG